UUUUAAACUUGGUUUCGUUCCUUUUCAGACUUUAUUGACAGACAAUGGCAGAUAAAACCUUUAAAAAAGAGUUCCUGGACGCACAUAAUGCCUACAGGGCUGAGCACGGUACUCCARAACUGACCUACAACAGUGAGCUGAACGCUGCAGCGCAGAAAUGGGCUGACCAUCUUCUGAAAAAAAAGACCUUGGUACACAGUGACACUACAGAUGGAGAAAACGUCUUCUAUUCAUACAAUUCACAGAGGGUUAGACCAGAAGGAAACAAAGCUGUAGAUUCUUGGUACAGUGAAAUCAAGGAUUAUAACUUCAGCAAACCUCAAUUCCAAAAAGGCACUGGACAUUUUACCCAGGUGGUGUGGAAAAGCACCACGGAGCUUGGUGUUGGCAUGGCCACUGAUGGUAACACUGUCUAUGUGGUUGGGCAAUACCGCCCAGCUGGGAACGUAACGAACCCUGGUUACUUUGAAAAAAACGUUCUACAAAAAAGCUAAAGAAUAAAAGCUGUGCAGCGAGCUGCCAGCAGAGGGCGGACUGCUGCAGGUCACACCUCCAGUGAGAGGAAGUCAGCUCAGGGGAAAAGAAACUGCAUACUUCUGGUGAUGGGAAGGGAAAAGUCUUUUUUUCUUUCUUUCUUUCUUUUUAAUGAUGUCAUAUAGAACAGCGUAAUUAGUGAUCUGAGAAAAAUUAAUAAAGUUUCAAAUAAUUUUUUUCCUGGAAA